CCGGCUCCUCCACACUCACACGGUGCACUCCACCCGGGCCGGAGGAAGCGACGAUGCCUCCCAGGAGGUGACCUCGGCUGAAUCCUUAGCCACAUUUCCCUGAACAUGGAAUCCAAAUCUAUUCAUAUAGAAUAGAUUGAGCCUUUAAAAUGGGGUUUAUUUCCAAGCCGGCGACGAGGUGAGGCGAAAGCGGCGGCCGCGGUGGAAGCCCAAGAUAGAAAGCGCUUUAUUGAGAGGAGCAGGGAGGGAGGGAGGGAGGGAGAGAGACCGCGACGCUCUCCCGUCUAAGAGGAUAAAGGGAAAAGAAAAAAAAGCGAAACUGAGCUAUAUUUAAGCGGGCUGUUUCGGGCCAGCCUCCCGUGCCACCAUGAGCAGCAGCAGCGGGCCGGAUGAGAGCUCGGUGCGCGUCGCCCUGAGGAUUCGUCCUCAGCUGCCCAAAGAGAAGAUUGAGGGCUGUCACAUCUGUACGUAUGUGAUGCCAGGAGAACCCCAAGUGGUCCUGGGCAAGGACAAGGCCUUUACCUAUGAUUAUGUCUUCGAUAUGGACACCCAGCAGGAGACGAUCUAUACCCACUGCACCGAGAGGCUCAUCGAGGGUUGCUUUGAGGGCUACAACGCCACAAUCUUUGCAUAUGGACAGACCGGUUCGGGGAAGACGUACACCAUGGGAACUGGCUUCGAUGUCAACAUCGGAGAGGACGAGCUGGGCAUCAUUCCCCGGGCCGUGAACCACCUGUUCAGAGGAAUCGAGGAGCGCAGACAGGCCGCCACUGAGCAGGGCAGGCCUGUUCCUGAAUUCAAGAUCAAUGCACAGUUCCUAGAGCUUUACAACGAGGAGGUGCUCGAUUUGUUCGACACAACUCGAGACCUCGAGGCCAGGAAGCAGAAAUCCAACAUCAAAAUCCACGAGGACGCCAAUGGAGGCAUCUACACGGUGGGGGUCACCACCCGCACCGUCACCUCUGCAGCCGAGAUGAUUCAGUGUCUGAAGCUGGGCGCUCUGUCUCGCACCACCGCCAGCACCCAGAUGAACGUCCAGAGUUCACGCUCCCAUGCCAUCUUCACCAUCCACUUGUGCCAAGUGCGAGUCUGCUCCCCUGAUAACAAUGUAGGUAUUGUUAUGAAAGGCAGCCGAGGACUGGUGUGUUUGGAUCACUCGCAGUUCUGUUUAUUUACUUUACUUUCCCUUUUCGUCCAGGAUAACGCAACGGAUAACCGUCUGGCUAACGACUCGGAGAUCGAUGAGUUUGAGACUCUGACGGCCAAGUUCCACUUUGUGGACCUGGCGGGUUCUGAGAGAUUAAAGAGAACUGGAGCUACAGGAGACAGAGCAAAAGAGGGCAUCUCCAUCAACUGUGGGCUGCUCGCCCUGGGAAAUGUCAUCAGUGCUCUUGGAGACAGGAGUAAGCGCUCCACUCACGUGCCUUACAGAGACUCCAAACUGACCCGGCUGUUACAGGACUCACUAGGUGGCAACAGUCAAACUGUGAUGAUCGCCUGCAUCAGCCCGUCAGACAGGGACUUCAUGGAGACCUUGAACACACUAAAAUACGCCAACCGGGCCCGGAACAUCAAGAACAAGGUGAUGGUGAACCAGGAUAGGGCCAGCCAGCAGAUCAGCGCCCUGAGGACAGAGAUAGCACGACUGCAGAUGGAGCUGAUGGAGUACAAGACUGGAAAGCGCAUGGUGGGUGAAGAUGGCAUGGAGGGCAUCAACGACCUGGUCCAUGAAAACUCCAUGUUGCAGACGGAGAAUAACAACCUGAGAGUGAGAGUGAAGGCCAUGCAGGAGACCAUUGAUGCCCAGAGAGCCCGACUCACUCAGAUCCUCAGUGACCAGGCAAACCAGGUUCUUGCCAAAGCAGGUGAAGGUAACGAAGAAAUCGGCAACAUGAUUCAGAACUACAUCAAAGAAAUCGAGGAGCUCAGAGCCAAACUUCUGGAGAGUGAGGCCGUGAACGAGAACCUCAGGAAGAACCUGUCCCGGGCCUCCACUCGUUCCUCGCUGUAUGGCGGCCCCGCCCUCCUUGCUCCAGGGAAGGAGGCCAGGGACGUCAUCGAGAUGGCCAAGAAGGACCUGGAGAAACUCAAGAAGAAGGAGAAAAAGAAGAAAAAGAGACUGAGGCAGUACGAAGAGAAUCACCAUCAUGAGCUUGAGGACGCCAGUGUUGUCAAAGAGGAGCUGCCGGACAACGAUCAGGAAAGAGGAAACGAGGAGGCAGAGGUGGAGGGCAGCGACCACGAAGAGGGCGAGGAUGCUGAUGGAGAAGAGGAGGACUUUGAGAUGGCAGGAGAGGAGACAUCUGAGGAGUCUGACUCUGAAGAACUGGAUGAGAAAGAAAACGUUCAGGCCGACCUGGCCAACAUCACCUGUGAGAUCGCCAUCAAGCAGAAGCUGAUCGAUGAGUUGGAGAACAGCCAGCGGCGUCUGCACACUCUCAAGCAGCAGUAUGAACAGAAGCUGAUGAUGCUGCAGAACAAGAUCAGAGACACGCAGCUGGAGAGGGACAAAGUGCUGCACAACAUGGGUUCAGUGGAGUCCGGUACGGAGGAAAAGGCCAAACGGAUCAAAGCCGAGUACGAGAGGAAGCUGAGCUCCAUGAACAAAGAGCUGCAGAAGCUCCAGUCUGCCCAGAAGGAGCACGCCCGCCUGCUGAAGAACCAGUCACAGUACGAGAAGCAGCUCAAGAAACUCCAGCAGGAUGUGACCGAGAUGAAGAAAACCAAAGUGGCACUGAUGCGCCAGAUGAAGGAGCAGCAGGAGAGAAACAGGGCCACAGAGUGCAGGAGGAACAGAGAGAUAGCCUCACUGAAAAAAGACCAGCGCAGAGCUGAGCACCAGCUGAGGCAGCUCGAGGCCCAGAAGAGACAGCAGGAGCUGAUCCUCCGUCGGAAGAAUGAAGAGGUGACCGCUCUUAGGCGCCAGGUGAGGCCCGUGUCCGGAAAGGUGAUCAGGAAAGUGAGCCUACCUGAACCUCCUCAGGAACCCUCUCAUAGAGCAGUCCCAGGACGGCUGCAGUCCUCUAGUGCAAGCUCUUCCAACGGAGCCAGGAGUUCCCCAGUGCGGAUGGGAAGUAUCUACCUCAACAGAUCAGCCAGGGCCAAGUGGCAGUCACUGGAGAGACGCAUCAAUGACAUCAUCAUGCAGAGGAUGACCAUCUCUAACAUGGAGACGGAUAUGAACCGACUACUGAAGCAACGUGAGGAGCUGACUAGACGACGUGAGCGAGUGUCUAGGAAAAGAGAAAAAACGGCAGUAGACGGCGCAGACGCCGACCGCUCCCUGGCGUCUCUGAACGAGGAGCUGGAGUCCCUGAGCGCCAACAUCGACUACAUCAACGACAGCAUCGCCGACUGCCAGGCCAACAUCAUGCAGAUGGAGGAGGCCAAGGAGGAAGGAGACACCGUGGAUGCUGCUGCUGUCAUCAGUUCCUGUAACCUAUCAGAGGCCCGCUUCCUACUUGACCACUUCAUGACUAUGGCCAUUAAUAAGGGUCUGCAGGCGGCUCAAAAGGACUCCCAGCUGAAGGUGAUGGAGGGCAGGCUGAAGCAGACGGAGAUCAACAGCGCCACGCAGAACCAGUUGCUCUUCCACAUGCUCAAGGAGAAAGCUGAGAUCAACCCAGAGCUGGACGCAUUGCUGGGCAGCGCUUUGCAAGAGUUAGGUUACCUGUCUCCAGAGAACGGAGAUGACAGCAGUAGUGAUGAAUCCACCCCCAGUCCAGCCACAGAGGGCAGCACACUGGCAUCAGAUUUAAUGAAGAUGUGUGGUGAAUCCAGACCAAGAAGCAAGGCUCGAAGGCGAACCACCACACAGAUGGAAUUGCUUUAUGCCAGCAGUGGAGAUUUGUCCUGUGAAUCCCCCACUGGAGACUUUUCAGCCCCUCUGCUGCCCCUCACUGAGCGCCUGGAAGGACCGGCAGACAUGCAGGGUCAAGCGGUUGGUCAAACCGCUGACCGUGAGCAAACUGUUUCCCCAUCUGCGCUGUCUGCCAGGCCAGCUGCCAUUUCCAGAUCCAGAUCACCUACAGGAGCUGAGAGGAAACAACUGGAGCGCUCGCCGCUCAGCCGCAGGAAGAUGCACGAGAAAGGAGGCGUGGCGUCGCAGAUCCCAGGACCUGUACACGCAGCUCCAGUUAGCACAGCGGAAACUAAAACCAAAGCCAGUGACUACAAAUCCCUGCUGGAGGACUCGCCUGCGUUUGAAGGCCACAGGGGUGUCAUCAACCCUGUAACAAGCCCCAAGAACAGUCGGGGGGCCAAACUUCAGUGUGUUUAUGUAGCUGAGGGCCACACCAAGCCUGUUCUCUGUGUAGACGCCACUGAUGACCUGCUGUUUACAGGGUCUAAAGACCGGACAUGUAAGGUCUGGAACUUGGUGACAGGUCAGGAGAUCAUGUCUUUGGCUGAUCAUCCCAGCAGUGUCGUCUCAGUCAGGUACACUUCCAGCCUUGUCUUCACCGUUUCCACUGCUUACAUCAAAGUUUGGGACAUACGAGACUCUGCCAAGUGUAUCCGCACACUCACGUCGUCGGGACAGGUGGGCUCAGGAGACACCUGUUCUUCUGCUCGGAGUUUAUCCAUCCCACCUGGAGAGAGUCAGAUCAAUCAGAUUACUCUCAACCACACUGGCUCUUUUCUGUAUGCUGCUGCUGGCAAUGCUGUCCGCAUGUGGGACCUCCGCAAAUUUGCAUCUACGGGGAAGCUGACCGGCCAUCUGGGGCCUGUUAUGUGUCUGACAGUCGAAAAGUUGGGCAGCGGGCAGGACCUGGUGCUCACCGGCUCCAAAGACCAUCAUAUUAAAAUGUUUGAGGUGACAGAGGGUGCUCAGGGUAGCAUCACCUCCUGCCAUACGUUUGACCCCGUCCAUCAGGACAGCGUGGAGUCUCUCACUGUCCAUGGAGACUUUUUCUACAGCAGCUCCAGAGACUAUUAUAUUAAAAAGUGGGACUUGGCCAGUAAGAAACUGUUACAGUCGGUCAAUGCCAAGGCAGACUGGGUUAGUGCUCUGGGUGUGGUGCCAGGCUCCCCGGUUCUGCUCAGUGGGUGCAGAGGAGGGCUGCUGCGCCUUUGGCACACUGACUCGCUAGCACCCCUCGGUGAGGUCCAAGGACACGACAGUCCGAUCAACGGCCUGGCUACUAACAGCAGCCAACUGUUCACUGCCUCUGAUGACCGAACUGUGAAGAUUUGGGAAGCCAAAGGAUCUCUGGAGGAUGGAUUUUAAUGACUGCUGGAUUUAAUGACACAGGAUUGUCCACUGGCCAUCAGUCAGUCAACAUGAAUUAUUUGCAAAGUUUCUAUAACAUCUUCGACUUGAGAAAUUACUGACUGGGAAACCCAGAGAGGGUCCCAAAUCAAUAGGUAUGGCAGGAUAGGCCCACAAUAACCUUAAAACAUCCCUGAUACUUGACUUGGAAUAGUUUCAGGGAAAUCAUUCUUUCCAGCUGAGUAGCAUUACUGACAUUUUAGGUCAAAACAUCAUCCGUGAACCUCUCAAGCUCCUAUAAUCAUAGAACUGCUGCAGUGGCCAGCUCAUUUCAUAGCUGUGACUGUAAUAGAGUGAAAAGAAAAGUAGGAGUAGGAGUUUGUGGUGCAUUCAACAUUCCCUGUCAGUUCAACGCAAGACAACAUGGAUACUGUCUAUGCAUAUUAUUCAUUUUUGCCAGAGCUACUAAGAAAAAGGAAAACAGAUUAAAUUAUUUGCUUCAUUGCACCAAUUCUUCUUCAUCAAAACCACGACUGCUGAAAAAUCUGUGUCCCAAGACAAGACACGGAAAUAUUUAUACUCCAGCAAUAACUGUGAGUCUGUUCUUUUUGUUCACGUGAUGGGUGGUGUAUUGUGUCUUUCUGGCAUUGUUGUGCUGGUCUCUUUAUGUAUGCAUGUGUUCUCAGUUACCAAGGACCAACUGAAGCUGCAUAUAUAUUGAGCUGUUACUGCCAAGCCCAUCAGAUUAAAGUAGAGGCAUCAAAAUAAAGCAUACACCAUGCUCUUUUAACACAGUUCUUAUACAGUUUAAAUUUACCCAGGCUUAGUCAGGAUUAAGCUUUUAAAAAAAAAGAAGAAAUAAAAUAAAACAAACUGCAGGUAUCAUAGCUGAAUAGUACUAUUCCUACAUUACAUAUUGCCUUAAAAAGCAGAUAGUACUCUCUGCUUUUUAUCUGCUGAAACAUUACCUUUGAAAAAGGCUACUUUGUCAUAAGACAUAACAGCGAAAGACAUUUUAAAACCCAUGAUAAUUCAAAGUCUAAUGUAGUAUUUUUAAAUAACAAUAUAAAUCUAUAAUUGUAUAAAUCUGAACAACAUAAAAUAAAGUUAACUUUCCUAGCUUAAAAGGCUAACAGUACCUGCUAGGCUAGUUAGCUUUUAGCUAGUUUAGCUGAUACUUUUCACAGUGUCCAGAAAACAUAUCCUGCCCUGUCUUUCUGUAACGAGACAGCUCAAUUAUGAAACUACUUGAACAUUAAAUUAUAUUUAAAAUUUCAAAAACAUACGGAAAAAUAUGCUAGCUAGCUAGCAGCAAAUCUAUUAUUUAUUGCAUUUGCCCGCACAUUGAUUCUGUGUGUGGCAAAACACUUACUAAAUGUUAGAUUGUGAUCAUUUUUGAAUGUGUAUGGUACCACAUUGCGACAGGUUUUUAAAAAAGAACUGAGCAGGAUAACCAUUUAAGAACAGGUAAUAAUGAACAUUUGUUCACAUUUCCAACUCAACAGCUUUUUCUGAUUAUAGUCGGCCAUCAGCUCGGUUUCUCAAUCCUCUGGUUGAUACUUUUUUAUAAAGCAUCUCUUGGUCUUUUACUUUGUACUCACCAUUAUUUUUACAUGUUAAGGUAAUCCACUGAGCGUAAUUCUCUGCCUGUCUUCGAUAGUUGUACGACACUUGCAUGGCUGAAGCACUGCUCUGGCAGCAAGUGCUUUUAUGAAACAUUCGUCAUAUGCCAUGCGCAGUCCUGAUUUACAGUCAGUGAUUGUAAAUCAUUCAUCUUGAUAGACUCAAGCACCUUGUAAUUCCCAAGUCAUGUAAUACGGUAGGAGUUACAGUCUUGUGAAAGCAUUUCUUCUUCAAGUGUGUGUAUGUGCAUGUUUUUCCAACCAAAUUGUGUGGCAGUUUCUUGUAUAUUACUGUUCAUCUCUGCUGUUUUAGUACCUGUAAACUGCACAUGUGCUGCAAUUAAGCAUUUGAAAAGAACAUUCAGUCUGUCAAAUGUGUAAAAAUGCUAGGACUAUUUAUUUAUUUUUUCUCAGAUUUUUCUGUUGUGUCUUAUCCACUGAAAGUUUUUGAACUCUUUCCAUCUGAUACCUCUGUUAUCUUGCUGUUGUAGACGACUGACUCCAUAUACAGAGGUAUUAUCAGUGCCUGUAAUUAAUCCUGAACUGUAUGCAGUGACUGAGAAAUCACUACCUGAUAAAUGUUGGCUAUCCCUCAUUAAAAAAGUUAGGUAAACAUUUGCUCCUGAACUACUCUUUCACAAGUAUCCGUUAAAUAAAUUUGCUGCUCUUACUGGGAUACACGAGGUAGAAGUUGUUAGCAAAGGUAAAGUCAAUGGGACUCAGGUAAUUGCACUGAAAAAUCUUUUUAUUUUGUGAGUUGAAUUGACUUUCCCUCUGUCUCACAAGAGUUUAAAUCGAGUACAGAAAUCGGUUUUCAGUCCCAUUGACUAAAUAAUCCCCUAGAAACCAGAUGAGCUGUAAGUGUUCCUAGGCUGUUUAAAAUCGUAAUUAUCCCUCUAAUUGUAAUAUUAUAUUUUGAAAUGUGGCUGUAAAUUUCAUCUUGUGUAAAUACGCCGUUUCAUUCCUGCUGAUUCUCUUGUGUACAAUUUUUAAGUGAUUAAGAUCGGUUGCAGCGUGGAAAUAAAUUUUAAUAUUUAAAAAAGUUUUUUUUUUUUAAGCUUCAUGUCUGUCUUGUUUUUUUUCUUUAAAUCGUGUAUUAAUAUGUUGUGACCACAUGGUGGUAGUACUGUAUAAUGACACCUGAGUGAUUGAGUAGGUAAACACAGAGACUGUGCUUCAUUUGAUGUGCAUACAAAUGAGGCUUUUUUUCUGUAUUAUUUUAAUCAUUUCUGUCAUGACUAAUUACAAUUUCAGGCAAUACCCACAUCCAAACUCCACAAAAAGAAAACCGCGAAUAAAUAAAUGACCCAUUGGAUGAUGGAAUAAAUUGGCCUAUGGCUCUAUGAAUAAUUAUGACUUUAAAUGUGUAGAAUCUUAAACACUGUGUGUCCUCAACAUGCGAUAUAUACAUUGUGCAGUAUCUUCCUCUCUGUACCCAUUAAGUCAUUAUUUGUCUACAAGCUUAUUUCAAUUGCCUUUUAAUUAUAACUCCAGGCAGCAGACUGCCUCAAGUGUACUGAUAAAGAUAAAGCAGGAGGCAAAAAAAGAUAAAAAAAAAUAAUGUAAAGAGGGAUAGAAGGAUCGAUAUUCAAUGUUCAGAGGUAGUGAGAGCAGCAGAGUGUUAACUGGCCUCAUGGCAGAGGAACGGUGUCUGACACUUUCUUAUAUGUCCUGUGUUGAACACAAUUAAUUCUGUUCCACUUCAUACUAAUACGCCUCAUAAGUGCAAUCAGAUGACAUAACACCCACACAAUGCCACUUUCAACCUCAUUAACUCAGCCUAACUUAUUUUCUUUCUCUGCUUUUAUUUUGACAGGGAAUUGAUUAUGUUUCAUUUGAGAUUCUCAAAUAAAAUCAGACUUCCCAAACUG